GAUUCCCGAGUCCUGACCUUGAUUCGGUCCAUUGAGGUGGCAGUCUGGUUUGAAGCUUUUGUUACCAAGUAAAAGUCCAUUAUGUGUUUUCCUUAACUUGUACGAAAAAUUUACAGACCAAUAUUGGAGUAGCAAUGUUGUCCUAAUCAAAAUCUGACAGAGCAAAACCCGACGGCUCCCAUCUCCCCUGGACCUUCUUCCUCUGUAGCUCACCAGUUUCAACAAUUUGGAUUCAAUGCUUUCCAAGAACGCAAUUGUAUCCAAUUACAGCCGAGUAAUGGAUGCCAAAACCCUAACCCUGGCUCCACCAACCCCACCGCUACCAGUGCCGCAACCACCACCAGGCCUCGCCCUCUUCCCAUCCCUCAAACCCCCAAACAAAACCCUGUCUUUUCACCAAAUCUCCGUCCUCCUCCUCACCUUCGCCGCCUACGCCGCCUUUCACGCCUCCCGUAAGCCCCCCAGCAUCGUCAAGAGCGUCCUCGGCCCACAGCCCCAAACCCAAAACGCCACCGCCGACGCCGGGUGGCCCCCGUUCGACGGGUCACGCGGGCCCCACCGCCUCGGCGAGCUCGAUCUCGCCUUCCUCUCGGCCUACGCGGUCGGUAUGUACCUCUCCGGCCACAUCGGUGACCGGAUCGAUUUACGGGUGUUCUUGACAAUUGGGAUGAUGGGUAGCGGUUUUUUCACUGUUGUUUUCGGAUUGGGUUACUUUUUUAGUGUACAUGUAUUGGGUUUCUAUGUGUUUGUUCAGAUUGUUUGUGGGUUGUUUCAGUCAAUUGGGUGGCCUUGUGUUGUUUCAGUUUUAGGGAACUGGUUUGGGAAGUCCAAGAGAGGGUUGAUAAUGGGGGUAUGGAAUUCACAAACCUCAGUUGGUAAUAUUAUCGGGUCCUUGGUGGCAUCGUCGGUUUUGGGUUUCGGGUGGGGUUGGUCCUUCGUGUUGCCAGGGGUUUUCAUAGUGGUGGUUGGAAUUGUGGUUUACUUGUUUCUUGUUGUGAGUCCUGAAAAUGUGGGAUUGGAGUUGGAGGGGAAAGAGGUUGAGAUGAAUGUGGAGGGACUGCCUUUGGUAGUUUCAGAGAAAGUUGAAACUGGAGAAGCAGGGUUGGUUCAGUCUGAGAAUGCGGAUUCGUUGGGUGCAAUUGGGUUUUUGGAGGCUUGGAGAUUGCCGAAUGUGGCACCGUUUGCGUUCUGCCUCUUCUUCUCUAAGCUUGUGGCUUACACUUUCUUAUAUUGGUUGCCCUUCUACAUCAGGCACACAGCUGUUGCAGGUGUGCACUUAUCACACAAGACUUCUGGGAUCCUUUCCACUAUAUUUGAUAUUGGAGGAGUCGUUGGUGGUAUUCUAGCAGGGUUCAUUUCGGAUGCAAUUGAAGCUCGUGCUGUUACUUCACUCAUAUUCUUGUUACUUUCUAUUCCUUCCCUUAUCUCUUACCGCAUUUUCGGAAGCAUAUCUAUGAUUAGCAAUGUUACCCUGAUGUUUCUUUCUGGGUUACUAGUAAAUGGACCAUAUUCACUUAUUACGACUGCAGUUUCAGCUGAUCUUGGUACACAAAGCUUGAUUAAGGGGAACUCACGUGCGUUAGCUACUGUGAGUGCAAUUAUAGAUGGUACUGGUUCUGUUGGGGCAGCUCUUGGCCCACUUUUGGCAGGUUAUAUUUCAACCAGAGGGUGGAACAGUGUGUUUUCAAUGCUUACCGUUUCUAUUUCUAUCGCGGCCAUGCUCUUGAUUCAUGUAGUCAAAGCAGAGAUUAAAGAGAAGAUGAAUGAAGGAAAAUGGCUUCGGUGGAGUGUAGUCGUGCAGUAAGGAAAAGCUUUAUGACGGUACAACUGUUAUUGCAGAAUGCCAUUAAUCAAUACUGGUGUGUCCAGGCCAUGAUAAUGAAUGGGUGGACGGUAUAGUAUACACGGAUUCAAAGUUGACGCAUUGAUCAUUUAUUUGAUUGUUGUAUUUUAUAGGUAGAGCCAGGUUUUGCAUAAGACGUUUCUUAGUCUGUCAUACAUGUAUAUCUUUGUAUCCUUUUUGGAAGUCGACUUUCGCACACACUGUACAAUGAUCAGGGAUUUUGUCAAUCCACGACUCGUGGGUUUUUUGAAUCCCUUUCAUCAUACGAGAAUAAAACUUCGAUUUACGUC